AUGACCGUAGCCAUUGGCCUCUGUACAGCCGUACCGCUAUUAGCAGUCUUGAUAGUUGCCAUGAAAGACAUGGACCGAGUAAUAAACGCCGGAAUGGCAGCCAUGGAACUAUUAUACCAAGCAACAGGAUCAAUAAGGUGGGUCACCUGUGGGCGUCUUGCAUGGGCAUUUGCCAGAGACCGAGGUACUCCAUUUCCAGAUUUCUUCGAUAACAUAGACAAGCGGCUCCAAUUCCCGCUUCGCACGAAUAUAGCCUCUAGGGUUUUUGCUGCUAUUUAUGGUCUCAUAUAUCUUGCCAGCACCACGGCUUUCAACUCCAUCAUUACCUCUGCAGUUACGCUAUUGAACUUGAGUUACACCAUUCCUCAGGCUAUCCUCAUUACGCGAGGUCGUGCGCAGUGUCCCAAAGUGGCCGCUCGAUCUUGGUCGAUGGAGAUAUAUUUGCAAUGUUUUUGCGCCGCUGCACCCGUUUUGGUGGGAUUGUUUCUUAGCAUUCUUGUCUUCUGGGGUUUGAUAGAUGACGAGUUCAAGGGGCCUAAUAUUAAUUGGGAGAUGCUGAACCUCAAGAAUGAGGCACCAAGCGACGCUUCGACGGAUAUAGUUGAGCCGAGCAUAAACCUGUGA